AUGACAACCCUCUAUUCCCACAACCACCACCACCCUCAUCCUCCGCCUCCCCUGGAACACCAGCAGCAGCAGCAGCAGCAGCAGCACCACCACCAGCCUACCACUCCUCUGUCCCCCCCUUUCUACAUGUCCGCCGCCAACCAUGCUGGCUCAAGCAACACCACCUCCUCCUCCACCAACAACACUUCAUCAUCAUCUUCCACAACCGCGCCCACAACAACCACAAAGUACCACUCGUCGGUAGCCGCGGGCGUCUCACCGCCACACUCGUCUCCGCUGCUGAACAACGCCUCGUUCAACUCUUCAUCCUCCUCCUCCUUCACCACCUCCUCCUCCUUCACCACCACCUCCUCCCUCCCAAACAACAUGUCGCGGCAGCAGCAGCAGCAGCAGCACCACCACCAGCACCAUCACCAACAACAACCCACGUCGUCGAUGUCGUCCACAGCCACAACAACAUCGACAACAACAGCACCAAAUUCAACGCUCCUCACGCCGACAAGCUCGGCUGCGGGCACGGUGCCCCCAACCACGUCGCACGAGGACACCGACGGCGACACCAACAUGGAGGAGGACGAUGAAAAGUCUCACAAAAGGCGGCGGACAAGCAGCCCUUUCGACAGGAACGCACCCACGACCGCUCCCGCUCUCCGCUACAGGAAUUCAAUGUCGCAGGGAUACAUGCCCGAUGCAUCUCCCCCCAUACCUAGCGAGCAUGAGGUCCUCUCUCAGCCAGAUGUGUCAACAUACUAUUUAGUCUGCCCGAAACCGCAUGAACCUUCCUAUCCAGACCUUACAGAUAACCUGCUCGCCCUCUACGGCCUGCGACCGAUCGCCGACUCAGUGGCCCGGUUCAAUCCGGCGACGGGCGUGAAGAACAAGCUGCGGAAGAGCUACAAGGGCUUCAUCAAUGACCUCCCGGGCAAGAACAUUGUCGUCACCAAGGCCGCGCAGACGGACCCCAAUUCCGCCGGCGAUGCCGCCGGAGAUGCCAAUAAGAUGGAUCUCUUGGGAACGCUGCUCAUGUGGCCGGAGGAGGAAUGGCACAACCAGAACGUGCACGGGAAAGAGCUCAGCAAGGGGCUGGACAUGAACAAGCUGCGGAAGGGUCUGAAUAUGACGAAGGGCGAUAUACCUGGGUUUGACGCCUCGAUCCUGGGACUUGAGGAUGAGCUCCGCCGGAAAGCUCCGCAUGCGACUGCCGCGACCACCCCUGCGGUCGCGGUCGGAACCCCACAUGUGAACGGCUCGACGCCGAGCGGCCUGUCGUCUGUGUCUGCGGGCGGGGAUGACGCCAGGCCUAAACGCAGCAAGAAGCGAAGAAGGUAUGACGAUGCCAGUUAUGAAGGGUACGGAGAUGACGACGAGGACGGCCCCCCGGUGAAUAAUGGAAGUGGCGGCGGCGGAGGAGACAGAGGCGGCGGCGGCGGAGGUAAUGGACCAGGAGCAGCAGGAAGCGGAGGGAGGGAUUUGGGAAGCGGUGGAAGAGAGGGGUGGAAUGAGGAAAAGAAGAAGAAGAAGCGGAAGAAGAACCCCGAUAUGAGCUCGCCAAGUGCCGGCGGUGGCAUGAAUAUGUCACACCACGCACACCACGGCGGUGGGAUCUCGGUACACAGCGGUGGGCUGUACGGACGAUGA